AUGAAGUCAACGGUCGAGCAAUUCGACACCGACAAGAUGAUCGAGAUGUGGCAAAGCAGGGUCUGCAGUAAAGGCUGCAAGCCCACGUUCUCAGACUUUGACUUUCUCCGUGACAAGUUCGGUAUUCCCAUCAUCAAGGCCGAGUCUGAAAAGAUAGGCGUCUCAAACCUGACUCCUCACUAUAUCCACCUGAUGAAUGCGGGCAAGGACAUGGCUGAAAGGAAGUGUGAGACCAGCAAGUUUGGCGAUCAAGAUCUAUGUCAGAACCCAAGCAUGCUCAAGGAGCUUUUCAGCUGCAUGAGGAGGAAUAUUUGGUCACUUGCACUGUCGCAGCUCAGCGACGUGCUUCCGAUCUUACUGGCCAAUCCCUGCAAGAUCCAAGAAGAUUACAUCCGAAAGCCCGAGGUUCUCGAGCAGACAAUUCCUGCUUACAUGGAUGACUACGCCAGUAGAUGCAACGAGGAAAGGUUUGUCGUCCUUCAGGUGCAAGGGGAGAAUUCGAUUCUGACAUUGUCUAGGUAG